UGUAUGAACGUUGGUAUCAACGAGGAGUUGGUACACUUAAUUUAGUAAAUAAAUAAAACAUAACCUUGCUUUUUGCACAGAAUAAGUUUUGUUCAUACUUGUAACUUGUGCAACAACCAAAUAUGUCACGGUUGCGUAUGAUAGUUGUUUUAAGUUUAAUGUUGGUUGCAAUUGCCCGCAAAAGGAGAUACCGAACAAGAAUUCGUCGGUAUGGUGUUAGACCGUUUAACAAACUGCGGAAAUUGCACGGACAGUAUGAGACGAUGGUGAAGUAUAUCAAAACCAAUGACGAAAAAGAAUUCUUUUCCUAUACGAGGAUGACCCCUGCUAUGUUUGACCAUCUCUUAAUGCUAGUAGAACCUAAGGUCCGUAAGCAUCCAAGUAGGAAGAAUGCAUUGUGCCCAUCAUUUCGUUUAUGCCUUACUUUACACUAUUUAGCAGAGGGGUGCUCAAUGAAAGAAAUUUCACGCAAUUAUUACAUAGGAAAGGCCACAGCACAUGUAAUUAUCAGGGAGAUCUGUACUGUUUUAUGGGAUGUGCUGAAGGACAUAUACAUUCCUGAGCCUACUAUUGAAAGAAUGGUUGAAGUCAGUAAAGGAUUUUAUAGGCGUUGGAAUAUGCCGAAUUGCUUAGGUGCUUUGGAUGGAAAGCAUGUUUCCAUCCAAGCACCUUAUCACUCUGGCUCGGAAUAUUUUUCUUAUAAGAAAAGCUUUAGUUUGGUAUUGAUGGCGGCUUGUGAUUCGUAUUAUAAAUUUAUAUAUGUGGAUAUUGCGGCUCCAGGAUCAUUGCAUGACAGCUACAUUUUCAGACAAUCUAACUUCGGUAGGGCCUUUUUAAGCAAUGAAUUCGAAGAUCGAUUGCCACAGGCAAAGGUGUUACCGAACUCGAACAUUGUCCUGCCAUAUUUUCUCGUGGCUGAUCAAAGCCUUCCCGUUGCAUAA